GUCAAUCUCCUGCGACGAGGAGUCAACCAAAACAAAAGCGUGGGCAGCGACAGUUUUGCACCUCUGUUGGUUAAAGUAGCCCCAUAACAUGAUAAAAUGCCAAUUUGCUGGCUUAUUAGCGAGGAGGGCAAUCAUAAACCCAUCAGACUGCCUCACCUACAGACAGUUGUCCUGGGUCGAGGUCCAGAAACGACUAUUAAAGACAAAAAAUGCUCUCGGCAGCAAGUUGAACUGAAAGCAGAAUGCAACAAAGGUUAUGUCAAAGUUAAACAGCUGGGCUUGAACCCCACCUCUGUAGACUCUGUUGUGGUGGGGAAGGACAAUGAGGUCAAAAUGAAACCAGGACAGCAGCUUCAUAUUGUCAAUCAGCUCUACUCAUACACUGUACAGUUCAAGGAGGAUCCCACCGGGGACCGCGGCGGUAUCAAAAGACCUCGAGAACCAACCUCAGAGGACAGAGAGAGCCAAAGAGAGGCCUCGAGUAUGAAAUCGGCCAAACAGUCAGAAAAGGUGUCUGUGUCAGUCAGCCCUGAAGAAACAUCAAAACCCAGUGAAAACUUUGGACAUUGGAGCCAAGGUCUCAAGGCCUCAAUGCAAGACCCAAAAAUGCAGGUGUACAAGGACGAUACAGUAGUUGUAAUCAAAGAUAAAUAUCCUAAAGCUCGCUACCACUGGCUCGUCCUCCCGUGGCAGUCCAUUUCCAGCCUGAAGGCCUUACGUGAGGAGCACUGUGACCUGCUGAAACACAUGCAGGAAGUCGGCGACCAGAUGGUUCAGCAGUGUCCGGAUGCUAGCUCAUUACGUUUCCGCUCAGGGUACCACGCCAUCCCCAGUAUGAGUCAUGUUCACCUCCAUGUGAUCAGCCAAGACUUUGACUCUCCCUGUUUGAAGAACAAAAAGCACUGGAACUCAUUCACAACAGACUAUUUCAUUGAGUCUCAUGAUGUGAUUGAGAUGCUUGAAAGAGAUGGAAGGGUCAGCGUCAAAGAUGGAACCAGCGAGUUGUUGAAACUACCUCUCCGUUGUCACGUGUGUCACAGAGAGCUCCCCACAAUACCUGCUCUGAAGGAACACCUCAAGUCUCACUUUCCCAAGUGACCUCAAAGUGGAUACCGCAGAUGUUUAUGGGUUCAAUAUAGGACUAAUGUGUGUUGGGCAUUGUUUUUGCCUGUUAAUUCUGAUUUAUGAAUUAAUGAAACUGGUUUCGAAAAAAGGUAGUGUGACCGAAACACAGUUUGUUUCAUCGUUUGUUAGUAGAUUUAAGAGGCAGUUCACCGUGUAGAUGCAACUUUGACUUCAUUAGUUUUUUUGUUAUUUUGAAACUAAAGGAUUGGGAAAAUGUCUCAUUGCAUCUAUUUUUCCAACAUUAUAAACCAUGUUUUAAUAUCUUGUAUUAAAUGUUUUCUAAAAACUAAA